AUGUCGGAAGAGUCACUAGCCGUCCCCAAAGGCUCAUGGACCACCGGUCUCUUCGACUGCUUCGAGGAACCAAGAAACAGUAAACUCAUCACUUAUUUACCUUCCAGUAGGGAGAGAAAAUGAUAGGCUCUGACUAGCGACGUCUACUGUCAAACAGGUUGCAUUGCCUGCUUCUGUCCGUGUAUUAUCUUCGGCCAGAUAACAGAGAUCGUGGACAAAGGAUCAACAAGUGAGUCAACUCUGAUCCAAUUUCCUUUCACAGCGCGCCCCUUGGGAACAUAUGAUAAUCUUUUUCUAACAAAAGAAUAGGCAGUUCUAUAGUUUUCCUCAUAUCUAUCAUGGUUACCCUCAGCAUGCCUGACCGGAGGCGCCAUCUACAUGGCUUUGAGGGGCAUGGGCUUCUCAUGCAUGUACUCGUGCUGCUAUCGGGGGAAGCUGCGGCAGCAGUACUCGCUGCCCGGAACCGACUGCUACGACUGCCUCAUUCACUGCUUCUGUGAACGUUGUUCCCUCUGCCAAAUGCAUAGAGAGCUAAGGAAUCGCGGCUUCAACAUGGAAAUAGGUGUGUACGUUUCCUUGCUAUUUUCGAUCCUAUUACCCUCCUCUCGAACAGAGUCAUGUCUAGCAUCAGCGUGUGGAACUCUUAUCAGGAUGGGAAGGAAACGUGGAGAAGAAGGAGCCAGCGAUGACUCAAGCGCCUAGGGCAGGAGAUGCUAUGAUCCGCUAG